AUCAAUUCAAUACUCAAUACGUCUUUGAAGCCGAAGAAACCGAAAAAAAAGCCUGAUGGAGAAAAGAAAGAGAAGACAUGUGCGGCUAAAAAGACUGAUAAGAAUGAGAGUGAGGCGCGAAAAGAAGAUGAAAAAGCAGAUGAUCCUGCGAUUCGAAAAUGCGAGGAGGACUUGAAACUGAAUGAAGUUUGA